AUGUCUACUCUCGAACAUCAAUCACCACACUUUGCUGUGCCUGGUACCGUUCAGCUCGUCGACAUCGAUCAUACACUGAACGUCAGGCAUGCCGGCAAUGGCGACGUGGUUCUUGUACCUGCUCCCUCAGAUGACCCCGAAGACCCGCUGAACUGGUCACCCCGACGCAAAUUGCGUUCGAUCGCAUGUGUGAUGGCAUAUACGUGGUUCAAGGGCUUGUCCUCUGCCACUGUCUAUGCAGUAGCUGUACCUUUGUCCAAGGAGACGGGCAUUCCUGUCAAGACUCUGAACCAGGGUACCGGUUACAUGUUCUUGCUUCUUGGCUGGGGUUUGUUGUUCUGGCAGCCCUUUGCUCUCCGAUACGGCAAACGCAUCACAUAUCUUCUGUCUAUCCUGGGCACCAUCGCUACUGGUGUAUGGGCCCCUCACAUCAGAUCCGAAGGCGAAUGGCUAGCUAGAUGCGUCAUCCAAGGAUUCUUUGGUGCUCCUAUCGAAGGUCUCCCUGAAAUCUCAGUGACGGACAUUUACUUCACCCAUCAACGAGGCUUCUACAUGGCGUUAUACUCUCUCGCAAUCGCCGGAGCCAGCUAUUUCGGGCCCGUCGUCAGUGGUUUCAUCUCCCAAUACGCCGGUUAUGUAUGGGUCUUCUACAUCCCGGCCAUGUUCCUCGCUGUCGUUUUCAUCGUCCUCUUCUUCGUCAUGGAGGAGACAAACUACGUAAGAGUAUACUCUGACACAACCAGUCCUGGAGACUCCGAGUCUAUUUCCUUGGCCGAGACCCCAGAUGCUCCCACAGGCAAACAAGGCGGUAUUCCGAGAGUCGUCCCUGCUACCAGGGUACUUUCUUCGAACGUUGGCCAAAUCCACCGUCCCGAGAAGAGCUAUUGGCAAAGAAUGUCCCUGUGGACUCCCACACCUGGUCCGAGCAUUCUAGCAUCGGCGAUCAGAAGUUUGAGAUUCCUUGGAUGGCCAGUGAUAUUCUACUCUGGCUUCUCGUAUGGAUCAUACUUGGUUUGGUCCAACAUGCUCAACGGAACAAUCUCGCUGAUUUUGACCAAACCACCAUACAACUUUAGCACCUCGCAAGUUGGUCUCAGCUAUCUGUCUGGCUGCCUCGGAGUUCUCCUCGGCGGUCUGGCUUUUGGUAAAAUUAGCGACUGGUUGGCUCUGAAGCUUGCACGCCGCAACAAUGGUAUCAUGGAGCCCGAGCAUCGUCUCUGGCCUUUCUGCGUCACCAUGGUCCUCGUACCUGCAUCCCUGAUCCUUUGGGGUGUUGGUGCCGCUCAUCACAUCCACUGGUUCGGCCUGAUCGUCGCUUUCGGCCUCGUAGCUUUUGGCGUUGCCCUCAGCGUCUCGAUCUCCGUCAACUACAUGGUCGACAGCUACCACGACAUCAGCGGCGAUGCCAUCACCACAAUCAUGCUAGUCCGCAAUACCAUGUCCUUUGCAAUGGGUUAUGGCGUGACUCCGUGGGUCGAAGGGCUCGGCACACAAAACUGCUUCCUCUCUGCUGCAGGAGUCAGUGUUGCGGCCUCAGGAGUCGCAUUUGUGUUCUUGAAGUGGGGCAAAAAGUUCCGUGAGCGCAGCGCGAAUUCGUACUACAACUUGGUCGACAAGCGAGCUGGCUAG